UCCUCCCGGAAUCCGUUUGGAAGACGGGAACCGAGCCGCCGUCGAUCCAAGUCGUCUCGGUGUAUAUAUAUGUACGAUGUAUUUGCCGCUCGUCCAUCUCGUCGCCGCCACCCCCACUCCUCCUAGAUCAGACGCGCUCUCCCCUGUCUCCGUCAUCUCUGUUCAGCGCGCCGAUCGAUCCAUCCGAUGGCGUUCACCUGCAAGCGACCCGCCGCGUCCCUCGACGGCCACGCCAGCCAGCCGGGCGCGAUGUGCCGGAAGAGGAGGCGCGUCAUCGGGACCACCUAUGACUACGACCAGGAGUCGUGUCGUCGCAGAGGCAAGUUCGGCGCCGUCGAGGCGCGGUCGCGACCGGCCAAGCGGUCGACCAUCAAGUCCCUCCACGACGAUGCUACCAGUCCCGCAUCAGUCUCACGACCUCCCGCGAGCGGUGCUGCGGGAGGCCCGCUCCUCGAGGCGUGCGGCGGCCACCCGCACAUCGUCGGCUUCCGCGGCGUCACGCUCGACUACGUAACCGACGAGCUCUGCCUCGUCAUGGACUACGUCGAGGGCAAGAGCCUCAAACUUCUCCUGAGCGAGAGGAGCGGCGGGCUCCCGGAGGCCACGGUGUGCACCUUCAUGUGGCAACUCCUCACGGCCGCCAAGAAGAUGCACCGGUGCCACGUCGUCCACCGCGACAUCAAUCCUGCUAACAUCCUCGUCGGAGGGGAAGAAGCCGGAAGAGGGUUCGUCAAGAUCUGCGACCUCGGCGUCGCCAUGUCCAUGUCGGAGGCGCCGCCGUACGAGGAGGAGGCUGGCAUGGGGGAGUACCGGGCGCCCGAGAUGCUGCUGGGAAAAGAGGACUACGACGCGCUCGUCGACACGUGGUCUCUCGGGUGCGUCAUGGCAGAGAUGCUCACUGGCGAGAGGAUUUUCCGAGCCGCUGAAUUCAUCUCUCUCUUCCAAAGGAUCUUCGAAGUGGUGGGCGUGCCAGACGACACGACGUGGCCGGGGUUCACGUCGCUGCCGCACGCCGCCCCGCCGCCGCUGGUGCCGGGGCAGCAGAGCACGCUGCGAGAUCUGUUCCCGGAGGAGGUGCUGUCCGCGGAGGGAUUCCAGGUCCUCAACGGCCUUCUUACAUGCAACCCCGACAAACGGCUGACGGCGACCGCCGCGCUGAAGCUCCCGUGGUUCGCCACCGCUGCUGCAAACGCCCGCCCUUCUGCUCCGACUGCUGCUGCUGCUGCUGCCAAGAUCUGCUGGUUCCAUGGCAGGAGUGUUCAAUGCAAUGUGUUGAAUGAAAUUGGUGACAACCUGCUGAAUGUGAAAUUGGAAGUUCUUGAAAUGCAGAUUGUUCAGUUUCUUGCGAAAAUUUACCAAUCUGAUUGUCAUGUAUGCCUGUUUAAUUGCGUUUACUACAGACGACUCAAGAGUGCAUUCAGGACAGUGUCAUGUAUGCUCCCAAUACAAGUGUACCUGAAAUCAGAGCAAGUACAGAGAAAUGCAUGAGAUUGGAAACUUUAUACAUGAAAGGGUAGAUGACUUCAAACUGCGAAGGUGCCAAGUUGGUUUUACAGAAUGAGGUGAAAGUUCAGAAUACCAUGGUAAUGACAUACAAGCAAAGGGAAUUUAGAGGCUUAUUAGUAGUUAACUUUCUCAGAGGAUGAUGUAAUAAAUCGUACCCUGAUCCAUAGGGUCACCUAACAUCUACCCGUAAAGGUCUGAACACCGAGA